AUAUCGUACUUCACUUCUACUUUGCAUUCCAAAUGAAUAGAGUGUAUUUAUUGUUUCUACUCGCCUUAGGCGCCCUUGACCUCAGCUGGGGUAAUGAGUGCGAAAAAGGUUUUUUAAUGAACCCGAAAAAACGAAAAUGUGAACCAAUACCGCCCACAAAACCUACACCCAAAUGUCAACGUGGAACCGUCUGGCUUCCAGCGAAGAAAGCGUGUGUCAGGCUCCGUCAAAUUAUUAGUGGAUAUUACCCACCAAACCAGGAUAACACAACGCAGGCCUUAGCUCCGUGUCCCAAGAACACCAGUGAGUUGGGGAAACUAUGUGUAAAGGAGUCUGGGAAGAAACCAGGUGCCAGUGGUGGCGGGCAUUCGUUGUUCCUAGAACCGGAGGGUAAAUAUCAAGUAUUUAUACAAGAAUUGCCAUAACGAUCCUUAAUGAACCGAAGCCGCGUAUCCACAAUGAUUAAGAAGAUUGACACAUUCAUGUUUCAAUUUAAAAGUCAAUUGUAUUAGUUUUUAAAAUUCAUAUUUGCUAUUUCGGUACUAAAAAAUAAAAAUUACUAUGUAAUAAAAAUA